UCCGGACGGAAUGCAGCCCUGGCUCAGUUGGUGAUGGUAAAAAUCACUGACCAGCACCAGCAAACACUGUCCAUGCUUCCAAAACCAUGGGGAGAACAAGGGACAGUACACAGUUCUGUGUGCGAAGCAAGAUGGAGCCUGACCUGUCUGGUUUUAACAUCGAUGCCCCCCGUUGGGACCAGUCCACUUUCCUGGGGCGGGUGAAGCACUUCUUCAAUAUCACGGACCCUCGCACUGUUUUGGUACCAGAGCGGGAGCUGGAUUGGGCCAAGAUGAUGGUGGAGAAAAGCAGGAUGGGGGUCGUGCCCCCAGGGACUCAAGUGGAGCAGCUGCUAUAUGCCAAAAAGCUCUAUGACUCUGCCUUCCACCCUGACACCGGGGAGAAGAUGAAUGUCAUUGGACGGAUGUCCUUCCAGGUUCCCGGCGGCAUGAUCAUCACAGGCUUCAUGCUCCAGUUCUACAGGACGACGCCAGCGAUCAUCUUCUGGCAAUGGGUGAACCAGUCCUUCAAUGCCUUAGUCAACUACACCAACAGGAAUGCGGCUUCCCCCACAUCAGUCAGGCAGAUGGCCCUUUCCUACCUCACAGCCACAACUACUGCGGUGACCACUGCUGUGAGCAUGAACAUGUUGACAAAGAAAGCUCCACCCUUGGUGGCCCGCUGGGUGCCCUUUGCUGCUGUAGCUGCUGCUAACUGUGUCAAUAUCCCAAUGAUGCGACAGCAGGAACUCAUCCAAGGCAUCUCCGUGAAGGACAAAAAUCACAAUGAGCUUGGUCAUUCCCGGAGAGCUGCGGCCAUAGGCAUCACCCAAGUGGUUAUUUCUCGGAUCACCAUGGCAGCCCCUGGCAUGAGUGUGCUUUGGGAAGCACCCUUCUGCUGGGACUUGGGGGACCAGCCAGAGUGGCCAUUCUCCCAAAUGAAAAGUAUUUUCUGGAGCUUCUGUGGAAGGAGGGAGAAUCAUUCAGUCCCUGAUCUGACUUCGGAAAGGGGUCUUAGGGAGAGUCUUACAGGUCCCCCCGGCUUCUCCCUGGUUUCUUUCAGUCUUAUUGCCAAUCGUCAUGGAAAGGCUGGAGAAACUGCCCUUCAUGCAGAAAGUCAAGGUCCUGCAUGCGCCGUUGCAGGUUAUGCUGUGUGGGUGCUUGUGAGUAACAUGUUUUCCUGGUUUGGGUUCUGUGGUAGCUGGGGCACCAAGGUCUGUCUUCUUAUGUCACCUGUGUUGAAGAACAUGCACUCCUUUGCCUGACUUCCACAGCGCUGGAGCUCAGUACACCUGUGAUCCAUCUAGAGCGCUCUCACCUCAUCUCUUUGGAGGAAACCAGGCUAGCUAGGCUCUGUGCACACAUGCGCAUGGAAGGCAGAGAGCUUGGGUACCCUCCUGUCCCAGGGUCUUCCCUCUGACCUUCAGUCUGGAGAAGAGACAAAAAUGAUGAGACAAAUGGGAGAUAUCUGUAAUACUAUCAGCAAUAAAAACUUUAUUUCAAAACAAUAAAAUCUCAAUUAUGAAAAUUUAAAAAAAACCAACUUUAUUUCAAAAGAAAAAAAAAAGAGACAAUCCCACCAUGAAAAAGAAGUGAUAGUUAUGCGACAUGACAGAGGUGUUAGCUAACACUCAGAUCAUCAUGUUGCGAUAUGUGAAUGUAUCAAAUCAACACCUUAAACUUCCACAUUGUUACAUGUCAAUUAUAUCUCAAUAAAAUAAAUAGAUAAAAUACACGAAGAGACAAAAAAUGUGAGACAGCCUGGGGCUGUCAAGCAUCCCAACCUCGCACGGGAGGAAACCACGUCAUGGCAGCAUUCUUAGGUGCCUGCCAUCGACUGGACAUGUCCUACCAUUAAUCAUGCUUCCCAGGACUACAGGGCUAAUGACGGCACCAACAACUAACACAUAUUGAAUGUGCCCGCUGUGCUAGUGCUGCACAUCUAUAAUUUCACUUAAUUUCCCCAGCCCUGGAGGCAUAGAUGCCAUCAUCUUCUUUUACAAAAGGCUUGGAGUGAUGAAGACACUUGCCCAAUUGCUGGAGCUGAGAUUGGUCCUCGGCGACAUGCUAAACUUCUGUUAAUUGAAUUACCACGGGUGGGCAGUUCCCACAGGUUGGGUGCUGCACAUAGGUUGUUAUUGCAUUGAAUCCUCGCAGUGACGCUGCAAAGCAGACACUCUUGUCCUCCCUCUGCUGGCCCAGAGGUAACGUGCCCCAGACUGUACAACUUCUAAGUGUCAAAGCUGUGAUAGGAACUCAGGUCUGUUAGACUCCCAAGGCCUGUGAGACAUGGUCCUGGACCUGCAUCAUCUGAAAACUUGUUAGAAGUAAAGACUCUCAAGCCUUUCCCGAGACCUACUGAGUCAGCAUCGCAUUUUUCUAAGCCCCUGGAGUUAUUUGUAUGCACAUUGAAGUUUGAUCAACCCUGCCCCUUACUGUUCUCCAACAGUCCAGAUGUUCAGUGAAUAGAGGAGCAGGGCCUUUGGAUUCACACCCCUCACUGCUUUCCCUGCAUCUCAGUGGAUGCAUGUGGUCUUAAGGGCUGCUGCCUGCACUCCCUAGUGACUUCAUGUGCUUGAACAACAGGGGUGGAUCGGGGUAAGGGAUGAGGGGUGGAGGCUGGCUGAUUUUAAUCCGUGCUAGAAUGAGUAUCCUGGCACCUAGAGACCAGGAGAAGGGUUGAAGGGAGAGGAGUCAUGGAGCCAGCUGGGAAGGGAGGCCGAGUGAAUGGGCAUCUCCCCCAUCCUUUAGGGGGCUCAGGCAUGGCCUGUGGGGAAACGCCCCCUAAUGCUUUGGUUUCUCCUUUU